CGAAAUCGUCCCGAGUGCCCAGUAGGCAGCGAAUCUUGCAUGGUGUAUGGAGCCUUGAUUGGUGUCCGCUUAAGAAGAAAAAGGGGGAUAAAUCAUCCAGCCGCCUCAGCUCGGUGGGAGGAAGAACAGCGAGUAACUGGAGGCCAUGGGCAACAGCCAGGGCAAACCCGUCGAAUUCGACGGCGAAGUGAACCUGAACCAUUUUCGACUCCUGCGAGUCGUCGGUCGAGGUGCCUUUGGCAAAGUCCGGAUCGUCGAGAGGAAAGACACAGGCUUGUCAUUCGCUCUCAAAUACAUCCGCAAAGAUGAAGUUGUACGUUCGGAAAGCGUUCGCAACAUCAUACGCGAAAGGCGGAUGCUCGAGCACGUGAACCACCCAUUCAUCUGCAACCUGCGGUACAGUUUUCAGGACAUCGAAUACAUGUACUUGGUUGUCGACCUGAUGAGCGGCGGAGAUCUGCGAUUCCACAUCUCGAGGAAAACAUUCACCGAGGAGGCCGUCAGAUUUUGGAUAGCGGAGCUGGGGUGCGCUUUGAGGUACAUUCACGGGCAGGGAAUCAUCCACCGCGAUGUGAAGCCGGAUAACGUUCUUCUCGACGCCGAUGGGCAUGUGCAUUUGACGGACUUCAACGUUGCGUCGGAUGUUGUACCAGGCAAAGUCUUGACAAGCAAAUCGGGGACGCUGGCCUACCUAGCGCCGGAAGUCUACGCAGGGCAGGGCUAUGAUGUUCGUGCGGACUGGUGGUCACUAGGUGUGCUGUUCUAUGAGUGCAUCUACAACAAGAGACCAUUCGAGGGUAGUUCUGAAUCAUCCCUCAGCACGGUCAUCCAAGCCGCGAGACCCAAGUUCCCCGUCACGAACCCUCCGGUUUCCUUACCAUGCAUGUAUGCCAUCAAGGAUGCGUUGGAGGGGGAUCCGAACAAGCGCCUGGGCUCGACCUGGGAGAGCUUCACCCAGCAUGAGUUUUUCUCGUGUAUCGACUUCGUGGCCCUCGAGCGCAAGGAAAUCGAACCUGUCUUUGUGCCGUCCUCGGAGAAGACCAACUUCGACGCCACAUACGAUUUGGAGGAGCUGUUGCUGGAAGAGGCACCGCUGGAGGCGCGUGCGCGGAGACAGAAGCCUCGCGAGAGGCUCAAGGAUGACGCUACAGAUAAAGAGAUUCGUGAGGAUGAGCUCUACCGCAUGAUCGAGACCGACUUCCGCCCGUUCGACUACACCGUUGCCGCCUACAAGAAAAUCACACAACAACAGCAGGAAGCAUUGGCGACCAGGCAAGAGGCCAACACAGAAGGCAACAGCCCCAAUCCGGAGAACCUGCAGCCGCAGGCCCUGACAACUGACGAAGCCACGCCGUCCCCGACCAACGGCGCCUCCCCCCAACACCACUCCCAUGACCCAGUCAAACAACAACAACAACAACACCGCCUAGCAACCAACCACCAACGACGCAACCCGCCCGGACGCCCGCCCCCGCUUCCCCCCUACCCGCAUCCGUACACCCCGAGCUCGUCGAUGAAUACCACCCGCUCCGGCCGCGCCGGCACGCCAGGCAUGAUCGUCGAGAGCCCGACGGGUGGCGUGCAAGUCACUCUCGACGGCGGCAGCAGCUGGAGCGAUCUCGCCCGGCAAGACGCGACGCUGCCUGCCGACGCGGCCGGCGCGAACAAUGACUUGGGCGGGAAACCUGAGGGGUCCGGGGGUGGCGUGUUUGGGUUCUUGAGGGGCAAGAAGGGGCGGGGGAACAGUCCCAAGCCGAGGGAACGGGGUGUGUUGGGCAAGGAAGGGGCCAGGGUCAUUUUGGGGUGAUUUUGUGUGUUUAUCCCUUCCGUUCUCGUUUCAAAACUUUCCAUUCGUCUUUCUGGGUGUAGAUCUGUAUGGGUUGGGAAAGUGCA